AUGGCCUGGAACACGCAGCCGUUAGAGCUCCGCAGGGCUCCGGAGAGCUAUCCCGCAGAAGGCGGGGAGAAUCCCCCACAGCGCGGGAUUCAUACUAUUGAGGGCAAGUCCCGAAUCGUACGGAGGUCGGACUCUCCAGCAGUCAGAAAUUUCCAGGGAAAAUUAGAGGACGGGCAAGAAGUUGCAAUAAAAAUACUUUCCAAAAAUUCAGGCCAAGGUGUGGUAGAGUUCAAAAAUGAAAUUCUACUGAUUGCCAAACUUCAGCACAGAAAUCUUACGAGGCUAUUGGGAUGCUGCCUGCAAGCAGAUGAGAAAAUUUUAGUUUACGAGUACAUGGUCAACAGAAGCCAGGAUUUCUUGCUUUUUGGGGCAGAUUCUAGCAAAAAGGAGUUGCUAAAAUGGAGUAUACGUCUGAAUAUUAUUGAAGGGAUUGCUCGAGGAUUGCUCUAUCCCCACAAGUACUCAAGAGUAAGGGUGAUUCAUAGGGAUUUAAAAGCUGGCAAUAUCUUGCUUGAUGGCAGCACGAAUCCUAAAAUAUCAGAUUUUGGUUUGGCAAGAAUAUUUGGAAUGCAAGAAUCUGAAGCAAAAACAAAAAGAAUGGUUGGAACCAAUGGUUACAUGUCCCCGGAGUAUGCAAUAAAAGGCAUUGUUUUAAUGAAGACGGAUGUAUUCAGUUUUGGAGUUCUGCUACUCGAGAUUGUUAGCGGUCAGAAAAACAACAGCUGCUAUCAUUCAGAACACCCACUGAACCUCGUAGGAAUGGCAUGGGAAUUGUGGAAGGAAGGAAGAGCUCUGGAGCUAAUGGACCCAAUGUUGAAUGGCUCCUGCCCUGAAAAUGAAGUCACUAGAUGCAUUCAGGUGCGUCUGUUGUGCGUGCAAGACCGUGCAAUGGUGUCCAUGCUGUCGAACGAGGCCGUGCAAUUGCCCUCACCAAAACAACCGGCAUUCUUCAUUGAGAUGGUUCUUGGAGACGUAGAAAAGGAUAAAGAAACUAUUUGUUCCUUGAAUGGCGUAUCAAUUUCAGCAACAGAGCCUAGGUAG